AGAGGAGAGAGGAGGGCAGGACUGGCAGGGUGCGGUCUGAAGUGGCAACAGAUCGUUUUGGAUCACUCAAAUCCCUUCAAUUCAACUGGAAAGGCUGCAGCUCGUUGCGCGCCGGUCGCAUAUGGAACGGAAAAGCUUUCAUAUCCAGGGAGCGCACCGACUUAAAUAGCAGGCGAAAGUGGCCGAUGCUCUGACAGUUUCCCAGAGCAAAAGAAAGAGAGGGAGAGAAACCACAACACUGCAACAUGGAUAUCAGUAACCGCUCUCUCUCUCUCUCUCUCUCUCUCCCUCUCUUUGACUCACCCACCAAAUCGACUUUGAACCUGUUUGUUUAAAUGCACGUACUUUACAGCCCACACACUUACUGUUGAUUCUGCUUGGCGGUGGGAGGGCGAAGUUUCUCAAUUCGGCGCAUUCUUUUUUGGAGCAGCUCGACGAACUUGGCGGCGUCCCCAUGGUGUCCGGUGCAGCCGGCGCGUUGAGCUUCUCUCCUCCGAGCUUUUCGGACGUGAUGUUGCGGUCGUCACGGACGAUGGAGUCGGCGACUGAACCGGGGCGGCACUGAAGCAACCCCUCUCCCCAGGGAGAGCGCUCCCUCUCCCCGCGGGGCGAUGCGGAUCUCCUUCCUCCCGCUCACCGCCUCUCUGUGCGCCUUGGUCCUCCUCCUCGCACCUGCCUCGGAGGGCUGCGGGCCGGGGAGGGGGUACGGCAAGAGGCGGCUCCCCAAGAAGCUCACGCCGCUUGCCUACAAGCAGUUCAGCCCCAACGUGGCCGAGAAGACCCUGGGCGCCAGCGGCCGGCCCGAGGGCAAAAUUACGCGCAACUCGGAGCGCUUCAAGGAGCUGACGCCGAAUUACAACACGGACAUCAUCUUCAAGGACGAGGAGGACACGGGCGCCGACCGGCUCAUGACCCAGCGUUGUAAAGACAAGUUGAACUCUCUGGCCAUCUCGGUGAUGAACAUGUGGCCCGGGGUGAAGCUGAGAGUGACAGAGGGCUGGGACGAGGACGGCCAUCAUUCAGAGGACUCGCUGCACUAUGAGGGACGUUCUGUCGAUAUCACCACGUCAGACAGGGACAGAAAUAAGUAUGCCAUGUUGGCACGGCUGGCUGUAGAAGCUGGAUUCGACUGGGUCUACUAUGAGUCCAAAGCCCACAUUCACUGCAGCGUCAAGUCAGAACAUUCUGUGGCAGCCAAAACCGGCGGUUGUUUUCCGGGCGAUUCUCAGGUUACUCUUGAGGGUGGGGCUGCUAGACAGAUGCGUGAGCUUCGCCCCGGUGACCGUGUCUUAGCUUCCUCAACGACAGAUGGCAGUGGUCCUCUUCUCUACAGCCCAGUUUUAUCAUUUUUGGACCGCCAGCCCAACAUCACAAAGAUCUUCUACACCAUUGGCACAGACACAGGACUUAAUAUUACGCUCACAGCUGCCCAUCUGAUCUUUGUGAGCGACUGCACUGGUGGCCAGAGUGAGCCGGGAGGGGAAGAGGAGGUUAAAGAGACGCUGCUGGGCUCCAUGCCGGGGGACCGGCCGAGCUGGAGAGCAGAUCUGAGGUCAGUUUUCGCCAGCGAGGUCCGCCCAGGACAGUGCGUACUAGCGCCGCCAGUGAAGGUGGGGUCUCAGGCAGCGUUUUCUGUUGUUACCUUUGUGGAGGAGCAGAGGAGCACCGGACUGUAUGCCCCACUCACUCAGCAUGGGUCUAUAGUGGUGAACGGUGUGCUGGCAUCCUGCUACGCCGCUGUGGACAAUCACCACUUGGCCCACUGGGCCCUGGCCCCACUGAGAUUCUUCUACAGCCUGUUAGGGCCUUCAGAACCGCAGACUGACGGGCUGCACUGGUACCCUUGGCUCCUACAGAAGCUGGGGCAAAUGCUGCUGGAUGCAGGACACUUCCACCCCUGGGGGAUGGAGCAAAGACAUAAAUAGGAGCCACAGAGACAUGUUUCACGCUGAUGACUUCAUUCAAAUGCCUGUAUUCAGGGGCCCCAAAGCACAGAACACAGAUGUCCCUCUGAACAGAGGAAAGCGACUGAGUGUCCACCAAAGACAAUUGAUUUUAUAGUGUAAAUGUAUUUUGUACUAAAUCUACUUGCCUGUAUUUGCUGUACUUCAACAUACUCCUUUUUGCGGCACAAGUGAAAUUGUGCGAGGGACAAAGACAGGCUGAUACAAUUUGCUUUAGUGUUUGAAUAACUGAAGUAUCAGUAUAAAUCAAAAUCACGUGUCUAACUUUAAAACCAACAUAAACACAGGCGUAAGUAUCACUCCCGUUCAAUGCCCACACUUUAGAGAUGAAAAAAAGACUGUGAUGCAAUACAACAGCUUCAAUCAAAAGAGUAGGUAGGUGAAGUAAGACAAUCAUGUUUCCUCAUUCCUUUUGUAGCGUAUUAACUGUAAUCUGUCAUUCUGCAUUUGAUAUCAAGCUGGGACAUACGGUUACAGUUAAAAGAAAUUAACAUAUGAGGGAAAAGGGGAAGUAUCAUGAAGGAAACCAAGGACAUAACAUUUAACGCUCUGUAUGUUCAUAGGUAUUUAUACAGUCAAGUAACAAUGAGAGAAAGGACAACAAAUUAACUCUAGUGCCGAGAUCAUAAUCGAUCCUCUCCGUGGAGCCUAAAGCGCAUAUUAGAAUUAACUGACAAAAUAACAUUCAACUGGAAAAACUCAGAAGAUCAUUGAAAUGUGGACAUUUCUACUUUAUUUUAUCAGGUAUUUUGUGACAUGUUUUUCAUUGUUUCAGGUUUUCAGGUCAGUAAUACCUAGUUAAGAUAUACACAAUACUCAGGCUGUAUUCAACUACUGUAUUAAGCAACAGCUAUGCAUCUCGAUAAAUUAACCGCUAUCUUUAAUCUUGAAUAGUAAGAGUUUGUUCGAUAGCUUUGUAUUCCAUCGAUCACCCAAGACAAUCUUAAUUUUAACUCUGUGAGAAGUAGAUCUCAUCUUGUGAUAUGUGGCCGAAUGUACACGGCUACACAUAUAUGCUUGUUGAGCAUGUUUUGUGACGAUUCGAACAGUUGCCAUUAUCAAGAAACUCCAAGGCCUUCUUUUGUAGGGGCCUGCUCAAAGAUUUGUUAAAUAUGUAUAUUAAGCUGUUGUUGGAGAGACUAUUUAAAGAUCUAUUUUUAGAAAAUAAUGUAAACUAUUAUUAUUUUUGGCAACUAUGUGCAUACAAUUUGUAUUUGAAACAUAAAGUUGUUGUUUUUAAACCAA